AUGAACAAAGUGUUGAUGGAGAGCCGUGGCUACACCUUCAAGAGUAACCUGGGAGAGGGGAUGUUCGGCAAAGUGAUGAGUGCAUAUUCCACCCGCCUGAAGAGAAGCGUAGCCAUAAAGGUUAUAGACAAAAGAAAGGUUGAUGUUAGUUACCUGGCAAAGUUUUUGUCUCGGGAAAGGGAGAUCAUCAGGUCUCUUAACCAUCCCAACAUUAUCAAGACCCUAGACAUCUUUGAAAUACACAGAAACAAGGUGUAUGUGGUGAUGGAGCUCUGUAGGAAAGGAGACCUCUUGAAACAUAUCAAUGCUGCGGGGCCCUUACCUGAACAUGCAGCCUGCAGGCUUUUCACACAGCUGUGUGAGGCAGUCCAAUAUCUGCACAACAUGGAUGUAGUUCACAGAGACCUGAAGUGUGAGAACCUGCUGCUGGACAAGCAUCACAACCUCAAAGUGUGUGACUUUGGUUUCAGCAAGAGGCUCACUUAUGCACACGGGCGCGUGGUGCUGAGUGAGACCACCUGCGGCACCUACAGCUAUGUAGCACCUGAGAUUUCCAGAAAUGUUCCAUACGACCCCAGAGUGUCUGAUGUGUGGAGUAUGGCUGUUGUGCUGUACAUGAUGCUUCAUGCAGCAAUGCCCUAUGAUGCCACCAACGUCAGGAAGAUGCUGCGAAUUCAAAUUCAGCAUAUCGUUAACUUCCCUGACGUUCCAUCUGUCUCGCCGGAGGCAAAGGACCUUAUCCGCAGAAUGCUGGACCCUGCUGUGGAGCAGCGGAUUACUAUCGGCAACAUACUGCAGAGUUCCUGGAUGUUGCUCCCAGCGAGGAUGGAGGACAGUGCUGAGGGCCCCACACAGAGGGCGGGCUCUGAGCAGGGAGGUCCUUCAGAGGAAAAGGACAAAGAGGAUGAGCAACUUCCAAAAGUAAACUCAGAACCAGGGGAAGGACCAUCGACCUCUGUCCCAGGACACUGA